AAUGCCUCCGACCGGAGAAAAUUCUGCAUCCGGAAAAAUAGGCCGGAAGUAAAACUGAGUUGACUGACACUUGCACGUGGUACAGCGAAAAUGGCGUCCCACGAAGAAAAGAAAAGACGAAAAAGCAAGAGUAUGUCGGAAGAUGUUGGGGAAAUUCAGCUGAAGGAAACCUUCAUGCUACAACCAUCUGACAAAGCAGUUGCUUUAGACACAUCGCAAUGGCCACUUCUGCUAAAGAAUUUUGACAAACUGAAUGUGAAAACAAACCAUUACACACCUAUUCCAUCUGGAAGUUCUCCAUUACAACGGGAUACCAGUGAAUAUAUCAGGAGUGGAUUCAUUAAUCUGGACAAGCCAUCAAAUCCAUCUUCACAUGAGGUAGUUGCUUGGAUCAAACGUAUAUUGCGUGUUGAAAAGACUGGCCACAGUGGUACACUAGACCCUAAAGUGACAGGCUGUCUAAUAGUUUGUGUUGAGCGAGCCACGCGUCUUGUGAAAUCUCAGCAAGGUGCUGGCAAAGAAUAUGUGUGCAUCUUCCGUCUACACAAAGCAGUCGAUGAUGAAAGAAAAGUAGUUCAGAAUCUAGAACAACUCACAGGAGCUUUGUUUCAAAGGCCACCUUUGAUCUCUGCUGUAAAACGUCAGUUACGAGUUCGCACUGUGUAUGAAGUAAAGCUUUUAGAGUAUGACAAAGAAAGAGCCAUGGGUAUAUUCUGGGUGAGCUGUGAAGCUGGCACCUACAUCCGUACUAUGUGUGUCCACCUUGGGCUGUUUCUUGGUGUUGGAGGACAAAUGCAAGAGUUGAGACGUGUGCGCUCUGGCAUUCAGUCUGAGAAGGAUAAUAUGGUAACCAUGCAUGACGUGCUUGAUGCUCAGUGGGUGUACGACAACCAUAAAGAUGACUCUUACAUUCGUCGUGUGAUCAAGCCACUCGAAGCCCUCCUCACUUCACACAAACGCAUUAUUAUGAAAGACACUGCAGUAAAUGCCGUCUGCUAUGGAGCUAAAAUCAUGCUUCCAGGAGUGCUAAGAUAUGAAGAUGGUAUUGAGAUCAACGAUGAAGUGGUCAUUGUCACAACAAAGGGGGAAGCUAUUGCUCUAGGCAUUGCCUUGAUGACUACAGCAGUAAUUGCCACAUGCGAUCAUGGAGCAGUUGCCAAGAUCAAGCGAGUUAUAAUGGAGAGGGACACAUACCCACGACGUUGGGGAUUGGGUCCUAAGGCUUGUCAGGUAAAGCAGAUAAAAAGGCUAAUGAUCGAGAAGGGGCAGCUGACAAAAGAUGGCAAGCCAAAUGAAAAGACACCUCCAAAUUGGCGUGAUGCUGUGUAUGAUGUCAGUGCAUCUGCAGCAAACGCUACUGCCAACCUUCUUGUAACUAUCAAAGCGGAGCCCGACAGUGAUGUUCAUGGGUCUACUGUGAAGAGAAAAAGAGAGCCAAGCAGCAGUGACAGUGAUCAUCAGGACAGUGUUCCUGCCACACCGUCAGCACAAGGUGACAGUGAGAAGAAAAAGAAAAAAAAGAAAAAGAAGGAAAAAGAAAGUGAAGAUUUGGAAAGCUCACCUGAGAAGAAAAAAAAGAAAAAGAAGAAGAAAAUGAGAGAAGAGUCUAGCGAUUGAAUUAAGACUUAAUUAUAUCCAGUGGCAGCUGAAAUGUGACAGUGGCCCAUUUGUAACAAUGUUGGGCAUGUGAAGUGAAUGGUUUUUUCUGGUUUGCGAAUCAUGUGUACCUGUGAUUGAUCUGGCACCCAGUGAGCAGUGCGUUAUAGACCCAAGAUGUGAAGCUGCCAUAACAAAACUUGUUUCAUUGGUGUGUGGUGGAUUAUAUCUGAAAAGAUCAGUUUUUGUUUUUUAGGAAGUGCGCGUAAUUGGCAAUUUUGUAUGCUGAGUAGCCAAAAGGUUCUAAAGUUACAAAUUUGUCAAUUGGAAAGCUGCAGUUCCUCCUGGUCAAGGGGAAUAAAGGUGUCGUGCAAGGGAAAAAAUGCUGGCACAGUUUGUGUAGUCUUCAGAAAUAUGCUAAGGGGUUACAGACCUAUAUUUCUACAUUUGCAUAAAGAUCAUGAAACAUUUGCAAUGUUAAAAGAGCAGUUAGAUGCUUGGAAAUAUAAGAUUGUAAAUAAAACUAUACCAUUUUCA